CAGUGGAGAGUUUCUGAGUGAAACAGAGUGUGCUGUUAGAGAGAGUGAGCUCAUGACUUUUGUACUGGACAGAACAGCAGUCUUCUUGUUUUCUCUGAAUGGAGACUGAUUUGAUACUGAGAAGGGAAAUUUCAUCCUGAAGGAAACUAGCUGAAGCUCUGAAGACCAACCCUGAUCUAGAGGAGGUGUUGGUGAUUCGUGGUUUAGAAACUUUGCUGAACAACCUGAAGUCACUGAGAAUAUUUGAAGGGCCAGGAAAGAAAUUCUCUCUAGAUUCUCAAGCUCAAAUAUGAUGAAGUCUACAUACUCCUAUUUUUCUGGGUAUCAUAUAUGCUUCACUUUCCUGCAAGUGAUAGUAGCAUCAGCAUCAACUUCUCAGAAUCUGAUGGUGACGACUCCCACUAGACACUUGGUGGCUAGAGUAGGAGGCCAGGCUGAGCUCAGCUGCCAGGUGUCCCCACCACGCAGUGUGGAGUAUAUGGAGGUGCGCUGGUUCAGGAGUGACAAUUCCAAACUUGUUUAUCAGUACGGAGGUGGCCAUGGAGUGAAUGGAGAAGCUGCACCUGAAUAUGUGAAUCGCACAGAGUUUGUGAAAGAAGCCAUUGGGAAGGGCAAAGUGGCCCUCAGAAUUCAUAAUAUCAGCAUUUCUGAUGAUGGGCUUUACCAAUGUUCAUUUAAUGAUAGUGGCUUCAGUGACAUGACCAGCAUGAACCUCAGUGUGGCAGCAUUUGGAUUGAAGAUGCAAAUCCAUGUUGAGAGUCCGGGUGAUGAUGGAUUCAUUGUGGUGUGCUUGUCAGAAGGGUGGUUCCCACAGCCCCGAAUGGAGUGGAGAGACAGCCAAGGGGAGGUAGUUCCAUAUUCUUCAAUAUCACAUUCACAGGAUGAAGAUAGAUUUUUCCACACGAAGAUGACUCUUCUUCUCAGAAACCAGUCUCAGGAAAGUAUCACAUGCUGUGUUCUUAACCCUCUAACUGGUGAAGAGAAGCAAACAAAUCUCAUCCUAGCAAAUGCCCUGUUUGAUGAGAACUGCAUGAAAAAAAUAAUUUUCUGUUUCUUCACAACAUCAAUUGUUUUAUCUUUAUUUUACCUUUUAACUUUUAUCUUCAAGAAACAAGAUUGUGAAUCUACAUGUGCACCAUGUUUCCAUAAAUUAGACAUACCAGUGAUGGCCUUACAAUUCCUGUGUUUCAUAGCCUUCUCUAUAACAAUCCUUCUUAAGUAUCUGCAAUUGCGGAACAAAGUUUCUAUUUCAGAUCCCCUGUUUUCUGUAUACAAUGGUUGGAUGGCAAAUAUGGCAAAUGUGGUAGGUUUUCUGGUGGUAAUUUUCACUAUUACAACCAUCCCAUUAUCAUGGAUACAUGUAAGAGGUUGGUGCCGUAAUGGGAGUGAGAGAAAGACCCAACACUGAAGAUUCUCCUUUCUCCACAGCUCUCAAUCCCCUCCCCACUGACCUUCCCUAAAUUCUUAGCUCCAGCCAACCAGCAUCAAGCCUUCCAGCAAAGCAAAUUUUUGCUUUAGUAUUUCUUGUAUCUUGUUAAUCACAGGUGAUUCUUCAGCCCCCACUAACUAGAACCACAGAAUCUUAAUUCAAACUAAUCGUCCUGGUAGAGUCUUUAAUAAUCCCCCUGAAAUUUCACAAACCAGGCCUCAAUCUUCUGUACUGUUCUUAACAUUCUUUCUUCCAAGUUCCACAGAAUACCCCACUUAGCUCUUAAAACUCAAUGGUUCUAGUUCAAAGCCCUUCCACAAUCCUCCCAAAAACAUGGCCAGGUCUGUCACAACAAUGCCCCACUCCUGAUACCAGUUUGUCUUAUUUAGGAUUUCUAUUGCUGUGAUAAAACACCAUGAUGAAAAAUCAAAUUGGGCUAGAAAGGGUUUAUUAGGCUUACACUUCAGUAUUGUUGUUUAUCACUGAAAGAAAUCAGGACAGGUACUCAAAGCAGGGUAGGAUCUUGGAGGCAGGAGCUGAUGCAGAAUCCAUGGAGGGGAGCUGCUUCCUGGCUUGCUUUCUAUUGCAUGCUCAUCCUACCUUCUUAUAAAGCCCAAGACCAACAGCCCAGGGAUAGCACUACCCACCGUGGGCUGGGCCCUCCCCCAUUGAUCACAAAAUGAGAAAAUGUCUCACCGAUGAUCUCAAGGAAGUAUUUCCUCAGCUGAGGCUCCUUUCUCUAAUGACAAUAGCUUGUGUCAUGUUGAUGCACAAAACUAUCCAGUAUGCAUGCCUUGGUUUACUUUGUGACCUUAGGAGAGUGGGUAGAUGUUGCUUAUACCCCUCUCUAUGAAGAAAUGUAUAGCAACAUUCCAUGGCUACCAGUAGGUAACUCUAUUCAUGACCUAGCCAAUGAAUAUCAAUAGUUGGUACUAUCACAAAAACAAAGAUUAUGUUGUUAAUGAAGAUAAGAUAACUAAUCUACUUAGAAUAGUAUACUAUUCUACUUAUUAUGGCUUCUGAUAAGAGAACUUGAAAGAGAAUGAUUUAUCCUGUUUUCUAACAUCUAUUUAUAGUAAAGAGAAAAAUAACAUAUGAAACAAAACAGCAGAGAAGCAACCAACAAAAUUUAGGCUCAUGUUCCAGAUUCUUCAAUGAGUUGUUCUAAGAAAACAGGUUAAGAGAAAAGUCUACAGUGUAAGACAGAUGCAAAAGAAUGUCCACUGUUGUUUAGAUUUUAAGUACCUCCAAAAGUCCAAAUGAUAAAAGCUUGGUCACCAGUACAGUAAUAUUGAAGGACAGUGAAAUCUUUCAGAAGUGAAGACUAGCAGAGGAUCUCUGGGUAAUGUGGUCACACACUCAGGAGAAUAAUGGGAACUUGCCUCCAUCUUAUUUCUUUAUUUUAUUUUCUAAGCAUUUUGUGAGUGAUUUCGCUUUGCUAUUUACUCUUUCCAUGAUGUACUGCUUUCUGUCCAGAGUCCUAGAAACAAUGGCCCCACCUAUAUAUUAAGAGAAGAAAAUUAACUGAGGUAGGGAAGUGGGGAGACCUGACCUCAAAGUGGGUGUUGCUUUUGGAGUCUGAAAAAUAAAUAUUGUCACCUACCUGCCUUUGCAAAUGUGUCUAUGACUGCUGCUGCUACCAUCCUCUGAUGAGAUACUCAAGCAUCUUUGGCCUUCAAAUGUGGACUAAGAAUCAGUAAUUUUCCAUGGAACUUCCAGAACUUCCACACUGUAUUGGAACUGCAAAGACAUCCAGAUUCAUGGAUUGAGAAAUUAGUGGAUUCUUUGCCUCUUUAUAUCCUGUUGCAUAAAACAAUUUAAUACAUUGUACUUUUAUAAUGUAUACAACA